AUGGAUUCACACGAAUGCGCCCGGAGGUUCCCCUUGCGAAUUCCGGGCGUCGAGAACAUUGUGAAGCCGGAGAAGUUUCUGCUGACGUCGCCGAGCGCAGACAGCAUCAAGUGUGUUGCGACGCUCCUCGGCGACAACAUAUGUCAAGCUGACAUUGUGCUGAAGGUUUUCAAGCACACCAGUCAGACCCACAAGACUCACAUUCUGCCCGACUCGCCGUGGAAACUCCAACAGAUCCAGGAUGCCGGCAACCACCUGCUGGAGGCGAUGGAGAAGCUGUCGUCUCGCGGCACGAAGGUGUUCUCGUCCGGCGCCGAGGUCGUGCAGCUCAUGGCGGAGAUUAUGGGAUGCCUGAUCCGUGGCCGGUCGGGACUCGUCAUGCCGAAGAAGAAGACCAUCGAAGAGCUGAUGCAUAGUCCGAACAUGGUGAGGUGCUAGCACGAGAGAGAGAGAGAGAGAGAGAGAGAGAGAUAGGAAGCGAGAGGGAGGGAGAGAGAGAGAGAGAGCGAGAGAGAUUCAAGCAGU